GACAGCUUGGAUAACAUGGCACAAUGCCUGGCAUCAACGACUUUAUUAAACAACCUGUGGGGGGAGCCACAUCCUGCCCUUCCUCGAGCCCUCAAAACAAACCCAUCAAACUCCAGCGGCGGGAAACAACCUGUCCGCCGCUCCCACAUUCCCGCGGCGGCGAUGGCGUCAUCGCUCAUCAAACCCUCGUCAUCCGCCGGAGCGCGCGCGAGACUCCGACGCGUCCUCUGCCGCAGAAGCAUCAUGAUGUUGGGAAUCUACCUGGUGAUCACAGUUGCUGCCGGUGCUGUUUCUCAGGAGGCGGAAGAGCCUGUAUCUUAUACACAGUGCACAGAAGGCUAUGAAUAUGAUCCAAUUAAAGAGGUAUGCAAAGAUAUUGAUGAGUGUGUUCUUGUCUCUGAUGCCUGCAAAGGAGGCAUGAAGUGCGUGAACCACUACGGAGGCUACCUCUGCUUCCCUCAGAAUGCCCAGAUAUUUGUCACGCAUGAAGACCAAUCCUCCCAGGCCACAGACCCUAUUCCCCAAACCCCCCUGAACCCCGCUAACCCACAGACCCCUCGAGCAGCUGCAGCCUCACAGUGCCUGCUGGGUUUUACACUGGAUGAGCAGAACUACUGCCAAGAUGUAGAUGAAUGCUCUCAAGGCCUACACACCUGCAGUGCAGAUCAGACCUGCUACAACACAAGAGGCUCCUACUCCUGUCAGUGUCAUCCUGGAUACCAGAAACGUGGAGAACAGUGUGUGGACCGAAAUGAGUGUGUGCUGUCACACUACUGCAUGCACAGAUGUGUGAACACCGCUGGCUCUUAUUACUGUGAGUGUAAAGAUGGCUACCAGCUCGCCAACAACAACCACAGCUGUGUAGAUGUGAACGAGUGUGAUCUGACUCAGCCGUGCCAACAUCAGUGUUUCAACCUCCUGGGCUCAUACAUCUGUCAGUGUGAUCAGGGUUAUGAACUUGCGCCGGAUUCAGUCUCUUGUGUGGACAUCGACGAGUGCACGUUCUCCAGCUACAUGUGCCAGUAUGUGUGUGUUAACAGCCCGGGUGGAUAUUCCUGCAUCUGCCCAGAGGGAUAUCAGCUGCAUAGAACAAGAAUGUGUCAAGACAUCAAUGAGUGUGACACGAGCCACGAUUGCAGGGAAGAUGAGAUGUGCUGGAACUAUUACGGAGGUCAUCGCUGUUACCCUCAGAACCCGUGCGAGGAGCCUUACGUGCUGACGUCGGAGAACCGGUGUUCGUGUCAGUCUGCGGGAGCGUGUCGAGGCCUGCCGCAGUCUAUCGUUUACAAAUACAUGAGCAUUCAUUCAGAGCGCACCGUACCGGCAGACAUCUUCCAGAUUCAAGCCACAAACAUCUUCUCCAGUGCACACUACACCUUCAGGAUUAAAGCUGGCAAUGAUGGAGGAGAGUUCUUCCUUAGGCGGUUCAGCAGCGUUGGUGCGAUGCUGGUCUUGAACAAGUCCCUGGAGGGUCCACAGGAGCUGAUCAUUGAUCUGGAGAUGAUCACUCAGCACACAGCAAUGAACUAUCGCUCAAACUCUUUACUACGGCUCACCAUCAUCGUGGGACCCUACCCCUUCUAACAAUACUGCUGCUUCUCACGUUUAUACACAUCCAGACUGCUUGCAUUACAGUUAGACGCAGCAAAGGUGAGAUGUUACGAACUGUUCUAAUGUGUCUUCAUAAGCUGACUCCUAUAUCAGGGCUCACGGCUGACACUUAAAUGAUUGCUAAUGUGACAAAAAAUUUAAAUUGUAUGAAAUCGAAACACUUUAUUGCUUUGUCAUAUUUCGUCAUUGUCUGAGACCAAGUUGCAGAGGGGUCGUGAGCAGGGCGGAGGGUCUAGAGAGGAUAUUUAGUUUGAUGGAUGCUUUGGAAUGAACAUCUACAGUAUAUGAAGGAUGGAUGGGUCACACACAGGUAGUACAGCACGCUUACAGAAGUGUCAUCUAACCGUGAGUUUUUACAACCGUUUUCCUUCAGAGUGCUAGGCGAACAAUCGGUUUGAGAACAAACCUCUCAAACACUUGGACAGCCUCAACAUUAUAAACUGGAGUAACACCACUGGUGCAGUGCUUCAAUAUAAAUGACACUUUCUUUACUAAACUAUAACCAUUACUAAAAGCUGCCAGUGUUGUGUUGUGCAGCCUUUUCAUAUCAAAUAUAAAUUAGGAGUAUAAUAAAAUUAUUUAAUGCAGGAAUUUGACAACACAUCUGCAAAUUUCAUCAAACCGCUUCACAGAAAAUUAGAAUUUUUAAACUCCACCCCUUUUUACUUCCAUUGUAAUCUUUCAUUUGUAAUCAACAUUAUGUAACAAUUGCUUAAAUGUACAAUCUGACCAACAGAUUUUUUUUUUUAUGAUGUCAGUAAUAAUGGCGUCUGGUCUAUUUAGAGUGAAAUGACGUCAGAUGGUUUGUAGCUCAGCUCUUAAAUGGGAGUGCAUUAGCAAACAUUAGUAAGUCUGAUUCUGCAGUUUUCAGAAAAAUAAAACUGCAAUUGUUAACACUCCUUCCUUCUGAAGUGAUGGGCCUGACAUCAUUAACCAUGCCCCUCUGUCAGUGUUCGUUUCUCAAUAAAACGCCUACUUUAAUACAUCCAAUCAGUUCACAGCAGAAAAAACCAUGUCCUCAUUCUGUUUCUCUUGGAAGUAUGUAACCAUAUGGAAGCAAUCUUCCCGUUCAGAGACUUUAAGAAAAGGCAUUUACUUCAGUGCCAUGUCUUUAUGUAAUGUUCCUGCACAUGCUCACUGUUGAACUGUUUGCAGACAGUAGUGAAUAUUGAGUUACAUCUACUUAAUUUUUUUAAGUCCUUACUUUCAAACCCUAACAAACAAAGUUUGGUCACUAGUAGACAUAAAAGAGUGGUCACGUGUUGGAGCACACUUUUUAGAUCUUUCAAAUGUGUAUUUUGUCUGUAAAUAUACUGUAGAAAGUGAAAGUGAUGACCUCCGGCAAGUUAAAAGUUUUCCAACCUCUGGUAUAGGUAUUGAAUGUUGGUUUUAUAACAUUGCUAUCCUGUUUUGCACCGAUGACAUGAAUGUAACCUGAUUCUGGCUUUGCAUUUCAACAUAAUUCAUCUGCUUUUAAAUAAAUAGAGUUCAGCCUGACAUUAUUUACUAGCUGAAACACAAAUAUCCAUAUAAACCACUCUGAGCCUUUAACAAAGGAUAAAAAUGACAUUAAUGUCCUGUUAUAGAACUUUCUGGACUUUAAUGAAAAUUUUGUAAUAGUUGACCAUUAUUAUUUGUACACUGAACAAAAACAGUUGAAAAUAAAGGAAAAUACAUCAA